AUGGACCUCCUUUCGAGCGUCCGCAAAUCCGGCUCCCGCGGCGGCGUUAACUUCAGCUGGGACGAGGUCGCCAACUCGUCGCACCGUGAGAAUUACCUCGGACACAGUCUCAAGGCCCCUGUCGGUCGCUGGCAAAAGGGUCGCGACCUCAACUGGUACGCCAAGGGGGACGACGGCGCCGGCGCGCGGGAGGGCGAGACGGACCAGGAGCGGCAGGAGCGCGAGCGUAAGGAGGAGCUGCGCAAGAUCAAGGAGGCCGAGGAGGACGCGAUCGCGCGCGCUCUGGGGCUGCCGGUACCGCAGCGGGAUACCUCGGGCGCAAAUGCCGUGGAGGUUAGCGGCGUCAGGGGCAUCGGGCCUGCAACUGAAGGGGACGCAAGGCCCGUGGAGGAGGAGAGGGGUGGGCUCGUCGUUUCUGAAAAGAGGGAGCGUAGGGAUCGCGACGAGGAGAGGAGAAGGAGACACAGGAGCCGCAGCCGCAGUCCGAGACGGGAGAGGAGGCGGGAUGGGGACAGAAGACGGAGUCGCGAGAGGGAGCACGGCGGGGAGGACAGGCGGAGGAGGGGCGAGGUACGGGAGCACGACCGCGCACGCGGGGGUCGCGAGGAGGGGCGGGAGAGGCGGCAUUACCGCCGGGCGAGGAGCCGCAGUCACGAGCGUGAGCCGAGGGAGCAUCGUCGGCGGAGUAGGAGUCGCGAGGGACAUGGGCCGCGGCCCAAGGACCGUCGGCGUAGCCCUGACGAGCGCCGCAGAUGA